UCUGGUGACUCCAGGCUGGCAGCCGCUCUUGCCGCCGCACUCGCGCUCUGAAGGGUCCCCCUGCCGCUCGCUCGCUCCGCCACUCUUUGCGGGCUUUACCAAACUUGGGCUUUGAGCGCCGCCGCUGCUGCUGCUGCUGCCGCUGCUGCCGCCGCCGCCGCUGCCUCCAGUUACUCCCUCCGGUUGAUAUGCCAGCAAUUCUGCUCUUCUGGAGCCGCGUGGAGAGGAAUAAAGAGUCGGUGGCUGGGACUGUUUCCACCAUGGGAAAGGAUUACUACAAGGCACUGGGGAUCCAGUCUGGAGCCAACGAAGAUGAGAUCAAGAAGGCCUAUAGGAAAAUGGCCCUAAAGUAUCACCCUGAUAAGAACAAGGACCCCAACGCAGAGGAGAAGUUCAAGGAAAUUGCGGAGGCCUACGAUGUACUCAGCGACCCCAAGAAAAGGGCCGUUUAUGACCAGUAUGGGGAAGAAGGGCUCAAAACGGGCGGUGGCUCCUCCAGCACCUCAGGGAACACUUUCCACUAUACCUUCCAUGGGGACCCACACGCCACCUUCGCUUCCUUCUUUGGGGGCUCCAACCCCUUUGACAUCUUCUUCAGCAGCGGCCGCUCCCGGGUCUUCAACGGCUUUGACCAUGAUGACAUGGACAUUGAUGACGACGACAGCAGUGAUCCGUUCAGUGCCUUUGGCCGGUUUGGCUUCAAUGGCAUCAAUGGCGUGCACCGGCGGCACCCAGAGCCCAUCCACAUGCGCCGGAAGGUGCAGGAUCCGCCUGUAGUCCAUGAGCUCAAAGUUUCUCUGGAGGAAAUCUACCACGGUGCUACCAAGCGGAUGAAGAUCACCCGCCGCCGGCUGAAUCCAGACGGUAGAACGAUGCGGACGGAGGAUAAGAUCCUGAAUAUUGUCAUCAAGCGCGGGUGGAAAGAGGGAACCAAGAUCACCUUCCCGAAGGAGGGAGACGCCACACCGGACAACAUCCCAGCUGACAUUGUCUUCAUCUUGAAGGACAAGCCUCAUCCUCACUUCAGGCGGGAUGGGACAAACAUCAUCUACACGGCCAUGAUCAGCCUUAAAGAGGCCUUGUGCGGCUGCACCGUGAACAUUCCCACCGUCGACGGGCGUGUCAUCCCCCUGCCCUGCAAUGACAUCAUCAAACCAGGCACUGUGAAGAGACUGCGUGGCGAAGGGCUGCCUUUCCCCAAGGUCCCCUCCCAACGUGGAGACUUGAUUGUAGAGUUCAAAGUCCGCUUCCCAGACAGAAUAGCCCCUCAGACCCGGCAGAUCCUCAAGCAGCACCUCCCCUGCUCCUAGAGCCCCCCUUGGCUUGGCGGCUCCUGCCUGCCGGCCAGCUUGCCUUCCAAGCAGCAAUACUUCAUGCACGUGUGCUGCGGUGCACUUGGCCUGCGCAAUGCCCAGGGGCUGAGCGGCGCCCCUGCCUGCAAACCACACCUUCCUUUCCCAAGAGACGCUCUGGCCUGGCUCGUGCUCCCCUCUUUCCUCUCAGCAGCCUGUAUGUGUGACUCUCUCGCUGCAGGUGGUUCCCUUUUGGGUCUGUAUCUCCUCCUGGCUGAGCCCCUGGUCCCCUUUGCCACCUUUUGGAGGGUCUCUGCUUUGCAAAGUUUGGCCUGUGAACCACUGGCCAUCUUACGCUGGGAAACCUCUGGGGCAUAACCACUGGUGUAAAUAGGACCCGGACUUGUGUUUCCUACGCAUGGUCUGAUGAUCUCUUUAGAUUGCUCUGUGCUCUGGCUGCUGCUGGGGCAGCUGGCAGGUGCCAAAAAGCCAGCCCAUCCUGCUUGGCAGGAGCAGGGCCAAUCGACAGCUGGACCCACAGGGCCACGGGUGGAGUGUCCUCUGUUCCACCACCCUAGUUUCUGAGCAUACAAGAUGUCGUGGCUCCGCAAAGCUAAGCCAGGCGGCUCUGCUGGUGAUUAUUGUUCCUGCAGCAAGCCGAGACCCUGUUCUGCCACAGGGAGGCCGGAGAUGGAGCGGGGGCCAGCUGCAUUCACGGGCACUUGCACCCCAGGCCUCUUUGAAUUGAUGGCUCCUGGUUUUACUCUUAAUAGAAACCUCGUGAGGAUUGGUCUCUGCUGUCCAUUUUGGGGUUUUCAGUGUGGCUCAUGUGAACUCUUUGGGGGGCUGGGAGUGGGAGAAAUAAGGCCUCUCCUUGCAGGCUGCAGAAAGCACAAGCGAUGUAGGCCUUAACGGUUCAGAGGCAAGGGCUGGGAGGGAGGCCUUGGCUGCAUAGCGAUUUGAUAGGGCUGUGUCGUGUGUGUGUGUGCAUGUGUCAUUUUUCAGGGAGAGCAGAAAGGGCUAGGCCUGAGGGUGGGGAAGAGGGGCGCGAGGUCGGCUUGGGUGGUGCUGUAUUAAAGGCUGCAUUUUUAAACUUUUCAGAGGGACAUUUUUUAAAGAAGCAUUUGUUGCCCUUCUCAGCUGAACUUUGCUCCAUCUGCAGGGACAUCUCUGGGAAGGGAAGAGUUGCUGGGCCUGACUUCAAUGGGGUUCUAAAGCUGCUUUGCAAAAACACCCUUUCUCUCCCCCCCAAAAAAAUCCCACCCGAUAAAAUGUGGUGCCAAAACUCCCUUCUUGGAUUCCUGACUGUGUUACAAUGCGCUUAAUUCUGACUUGAAAGGGGGAAGGAGUGCUGCUGCCGCCUUGGCCCAGGGUGACCAGCGGAGGGAGCCAUGUGCCAUGGGUCCUCUUGCUGCCGCUGUGGCAGUGGCUGGUCUUUUGAGUCAUGACACUCGGACAUCUCUUACUUGGACCUGCGGUAGGGUGGAGCGUCCAGGUGCACGGGGCACCUGCCGCUUCCUGUAUAGCUGUACAGAAUCUGACACUUUGGUCCUUUUAAUGUGCAAUUUUUUUUGAAAAGAUUAAAACUGUUACGCAGUGUUGAACUUAUCAACCAGUUUGAAUGGUUAAGACAAUGCCUUUUUUUGCCCCCUCCCCUCCAAUGUGUGUGUUUUUUAAAUACAAAAAAACUCAGGCUGGUGGUGAUGUUGGGGCAGGUGGGGGUGCAAGCGGAGGAUGGGCGUGCUGGCGCCUUUGGGGUUUUUCUCCGUUUCAGGGAGACCCCCGAGUGGUUUUAUAGCGUUUUUUUUUAUGUCUUUCUUUUGUAAUGUCCUGUAUUAAUAUUUAAAAAUAAAGUAUUUUAAAAAUA